GUUCCGCACAUGCGCAGUCGGCACCUCCUUACAGUCCUUUUUAUGCCUAGCGUGGACCGACUAGCAUCAACCGAGCAUCAAGAUGCAGCUCUUCGUGCGUGGUCAGAAUACCCACACCCUUGAGGUGACCGGUCAGGAGACUGUUGGCCAGAUCAAGGCUCAUGUCCAGACUCUGGAGGGACUCCUGGUCGAGGAUCAGGUGCUGCUCUUUGCUGGAUGCCCACUGGAGGAUGAGUCCAUCCUGGCAUCUUCUGGCGUGUCUGAGCACUGCACCCUGGAGGUAGCUGGCAGGCUGCUGGGAGGCAAGGUGCACGGCUCUCUGGCCCGUGCCGGAAAAGUGAGAGGUCAGACUCCCAAGGUCGACAAGCAGGAGAAGAAGAAAAAGAAGACUGGACGUGCCAAGCGUCGCAUCCAGUACAACAGGCGCUUUGUGAAUGUUGUGCCCACCUUCGGAAAGAAGAAGGGGCCCAACGCCAACUCCUAAGUGCCCUAAAGGAGGAAAGUCACCACCAUCUUUCAGUUUUUCACCAAGUUAAAUGUUGUCCUGUACAGAAUAAAGAAGUUGACUUGG